AUGGCUUUCUGCGUAUGGUACGGUGUAAUAGGACUUACAUUGGAGAGAAAAGCUCUCAAAGCGGCCAAACAGUCAAUGCGACAACUACUUAAUGAUUAG